CAACCAAAACUAUGGCUCCAAGAAUACUCUCUGGUCCCCCAGAAAUUACCAUUCCCUCCCUCCCUACCACCACAAUCGCCUCCGCCGCUGCUGCCGUAGACAAAAACGAUCGCAGUAAAAUCUAUCUCUCUGAUUUUUUCCCUAGUAAUUUUCUAUCUCUUAGCAAUAAUUCUCAACCAAACAUAAUAGGCCUUACGGAAAAUGGAUCCACAACAUUCCUAACCUCAGGAAACCCUGCCUUAGACUUCUUCUUCCAUGUUGUCCCCGACACGCCGGCUUCGGAACUCAUACACCUUGUACAACUUUCUUGGUCAUACGAUUCACUCUUAACCCUUAAGUUGAUCUGUAAUCUUCGAGGUGUACGAGGUACCGGAAAAUCGGAUAAAAAAGGGUUUUACGAAUCUGCAUUAUGGCUGCAUGAAAACCACCCUAAAACCCUAACCCUUAACAUGAGCUCCAUUUCGGGUUUUGGAUACUUGAAGGAUAUGCCUGAGAUCCUCUUCCGCCUUCUAGAGGGGACUGAUUCUAGGAAACGUGUGGAGAAAGGUUAUGGUACUAGGAAGCGUGUGGAGGAAGUUUCCGAAGAGUUUCCAGUCUUGUGUAGGAGCUUUAGGGGCGGUAGGGGUUCCGGGUUAAUGGGAGGGCGUGGUAGAGGGUUCGGAUUAAUGGGAGGGCGCGGUUGGGGUUUCGGGUUAAUGGAGGAAGAAUUAGAAGACCAUGAUGUAAAUAAGGGUGAGGAGAAGAGUGAAGAGGAGAGAGAGAAGAUUAGGGUUUUGAGGUUUAAGAAAAAAAAUGAGAGGACUAAAAAGAUAUUAAGGUUAUAUAAUCGAGAUGCUAAUUUUCGGCUUUUGCAUGAUUCAAUUUCUGAUGUAUUUGUUGAUUUGUUGAGAAAAGAUGUUGAGUUGCUUAAAAAGGGUGAUUUGUAUAAUAUAGGGUUAGCUGCUAAAUGGUGUCCCACCCUUGAUUCUACAUAUGAUGAAGUGACAUUGCUUUGUGAAAGCAUUGCAAGAGGGAUGUUUCCGAAGGAAGAAUUCGACGAGUAUAGGGGUAUGGAGGAAGGGUAUUAUGCCUUUAAGGUUCGUGAUCGAUUGAGGAAGGAGGUGUUGGUUCCUUUAAGGAAAGCACUUGAGUUACCGGAGGUUUAUAUAUGUGCUAAGGAGUGGGAUGCAUUGCCUUAUAAUAGGGUGCCUUCUGUGGCUAUGAAUUUGUACAAAGGUUUGUUUUAUAAAAAUGAUAGGGAGAGGUUUGAGGGAUACUUGGAGAAGGUGAAGAGUGGUAAGGCGACAAUUGCUGCUGGGGCACUGCUUCCUCAUGAGAUAAUCGUCUCGUUGUGGAGGGAUAAGAAUGGGGGUGAGGUGGCCGAGCUUCAGUGGAAGAGGAUGGUGGAUGAUUUAGCAAAGAAGGGGAAGUUUUCUAACUGUAUGGCUAUUAGUGAUGUGUCUGGGUCUAUGAAUGGGAUUCCAAUGGAAGUUUCUAUAGCCCUUGGUUUGUUGAUUUCCGAGUUAAGUGAGAAACCAUGGAAGGGGAAACUAAUCACUUUUAGUAAUGAUCCUCAGUUACACAGAAUUAAGGGAAGAACACUGAAAAAGAAGUGUAGCUUUGUAAAGAAAAUGGACUGGGGAUAUAGCACAGAUUUGCAAAAGGUGUUUGAUCGGAUUUUGAAGGUGGCAGUGAAAGCGAAACUCCCUCAAGAACAGAUGAUAAAAAGGUUGUUUAUCUUCAGUGACAUGGAGUUUAAUGAGGCCUCUGGCUGGAAACCUUUCUCGUAUGGGAUAAAUGACUUGGAACCGAAUAAUGAUGUGAUUUCUUGGGAAACAGAUUACAUGGUGAUACAAAGAAAGUUUAAGGAGAGUGGGUAUGACAAGGUGCCUGAGAUUGUGUUUUGGAACCUCAGGCACUCUGAGGCUACUCCAGUUCCAAGCACUGAACCCGGGGUUGCGCUUGUUAGUGGAUAUUCGAAGAAUCUAAUGACCUUGUUCUUGGAGGAAGGUGGAGUAUUGAAUCCGGAAGGGGUUAUGCUUGCUGCUGUUGCUAAGCCAGAGUAUGAUGCACUUGUUGUUUAUGAUUGAUCAAUAAUUGGUUGGUUCUAGCUUGAUAGAUGUUUUGAGAAUUAAAAUGUUUGUACUUGAGAUUUUACUUUAUGUAUAGUGAAUAAAACAUUAA